AUGUCUUCUGAUAAACAUGUGAUGUUAUCCUAUCAAUGGGAUAAUCAAGCACUUGUAACAGAUGUUUAUCAACGUCUUCGUGCACACAAUAUUCCAUUAUGGAUGGAUACGCAAGGUGGAAUGAAAGGUCAUUUAAGCACAAGUAUGGCAGAAGGUGUAGAAAAUGCAGCAGUUCUAUGUUGUUUUCUUACACCGAAAUAUCAAGAUAGUGUUGCAUGUAAAGAUGAAUUAACAUAUGCCAAAGAACAACGUGUGUCUAUUAUACCAAUACGUUUAUUGAAGGAUUGGAAACCAACUGGUUGGUUAGGUUUUUCUAUAACAGGACAAAAAUGGAUUGAUUUUCGUGAUGUUGCUACAAAUAUGGAUUUAAGAAUUAAUCAAUUAAUUGCCGAAAUUCAAAUGGUUGCAGGAAAUAAACUAAGUUCUAUUCAAGGUAUAAAUCUUGUGCAUAACGCAGUGGGGAGCAAAGAUGAUAACAAAGCUGAUCAUGAUUCAGUUUUUAUUUGUCAUGAAGAAGAACAAAAACAAAAUGAACAAAAUUCUCUUAUCCUGACCGAGCAAGAAAUCGAAAGUAAGUAAAAUACGGCUUCUUUAGAAAAAGUAACUGUCGACAUAUAUUAACACAACAGUAAUAACAACAUGAUCAAGUUCUCAUAAAGAAAGCGGUGCGUAUUCUCCAAGUAAAGCAUCAUAAUGUAAAGAGAAAUCGUAAGUGUUGAAAUUUUAUAGAAAAUAUGUGAUACACCUUCCAAAAUCAUACAUCGUCCAAAAUUUAGAUUUUGAAAUUAUAGAUAUUAUAACAUAAAUUUGCAAAAACCAUUUUCUGGCAGUGUCGUACAGGUACGAGUCCUUGACCGAGCUCCUGUUUAGGCAUGGGACGGACCGAGUAUCUCGGUAUUCGGGACUCGUUUUAGUCUCGGUAUUCGGGGACGCGGUCUGGUCUCGGCAUUCGGGAUUUAGUCUAGUCUCGGGAUUCGAUUCGUAUCGGGUGUUAACUAGUUUUAUUUUAUAUUUUUUUCUGCAUACGGAAAAUACAUCUAUCAUCAGUGAGAGUCGUUGAUCACAGAUCACGUAAUGCAUUUCUUGAUCAGAACGGAUUGUAUUGCUGUUAUAUUUUCUCCUAUUCGUAUCAAUCACAAAGUUUGCAGCUUUUUUCACUUCAGUCCGAAUUUAUAAUGAGAGUACAUUUUGAACGUCGUUCGAACCUCAUGCGAUAUAAUACGUGUUGAGAGGAUCGGAGUGUUAUUACGCCACCGAGUCUCGAAUAUCGAGACUAGAACGAGUCCCGAAUACCGAGAGCAGAACGAACCCCGAGUAUCGUACCCGAAUCGUCGAGCAAGAUUCGGUUUCGCUACAUGCCUACUCCUGUUGAUGUAUUAUAUGGAGUUGGAAGAUUGAAAAGGAAGCAUUUUUUUUUUUACAUAGGCAAUAGAUAUCACAUAAAUCAGCGUCAAACUAUUAUCGUUUUCAAAAUAUAAUGCCCAUGAGUGUUUUUUAAAUAGCUGCAGAACGAAACAUGACGAAAAGUUCGGGUGUUCACUGUUUUCAAGCCAAGACCUGGACGCAUCUUUUCAUAAACAAAAUGAAUUUCAGUAUCUUUUUUCCCUAGGAAUUAAUUCACCACGCUGAACAUGAUGAUAUUUGUUUCUUUGAAAAAAUUCAAAAGCCGAGUGAAAACCUAUAGUGGAUGAGAUAACCCAUUUUGGGCUAUUCUCACCGAAAAGUAAAAAUAUCUCAUAUUCACGUCAAAAUUGAUCACAACGGCUGUAAAACUACCGAAAUAUAUAAUUUGGUCUACUGUCCGUAUGAUCUAGCAUGAAACCUAGAAAAAGUUUCGAGAAACGAUUUUGAUUUUCCAACUGGAUUUCCCGAAAAACUUGGAACCAAAGAUCUUUUUUCUUAUUUUUCUUAUCCCAGAAUCACGCGUAUAAUACAAUACAGUGUAUGUUCUGAAGGUUCCAAAUCGUUGUAAGCAAUUCUAACGGACAUAGUUAUGAAAUUCUUAGUUUUCGGUGAGAAUAGCUCAAAGUGGGUUAUCUCACCUAUUAUAGGUUUUCAAUUAGCUUUUGAAUUUUUCUCCAAGAAACCAAUAUCGUCGCAAGACUUAGCGUGGCAGAUUACCUAUGUUCCGUCUAGUCUAGGGAUCAAACAGUUUUAAGUUAACAAGAACGCGAACUGCUACCAGUUCUUUCCAAUAUCAUCUGUUCUCGCCAGAUUGAAAUAAAAGUGGUAAACCUAUUUACACUGACUUUGUGUAGUGUGCCAGAGGUGAUCGUGUGUUUAGUUGACUACAGCAAGUCAAUCGAUAUUAUUUUAUUUUGAAUUCUUGAAAAGAACUGGUAGCCAGUUCCCGUUCAACAGAAACUGAACUAGUGACCAGUUCUUUCCACUCGUUCUUAGAAACUGGAACUAUCUCACCACUAAUCUACUCUUCGAGCUACCAAAAGCCACUAGAUACCAGUCGGCGAGCUCGAAUGGAAUUCGAUACCACAUCUAAACCGUUGAAAAUCAAGGUCUCGGUUGAUUGCCAUUUCAAGAGUACACUUUGCACUAUCUAUCCAUGAACAAAGGCAAUAUAUUCUCACUUUAAUUUCUGGAGAACUGAAUGGCUUUUCCAGAGAUUCUCAAAGGACCUACCUUUGAAAAAGAUUUUGAAAUUCAUUUUGUUAAAGAAAACAUGCGUCAAGGCUUUGGCUUCAAAACAGUGAAAACUCGAACUCUUCGUCAUAUUUCGUUCUGCGUCUAUUUAAAAAAUACUCGUGGGCAUUAUAUUUUGAAAACGAUAAUCGUAAAAAUUCAUCUUUUCGUUAUUAACCCUUUACACCCCAUAGCGGUUCCAGAAGAGCCACUGAUAAAAACACCAAAGAAAUAGAGUAUUGGCCUCUACAAUAUGCCAAUGGUAUGGGCAGAUCGAUCAGGCGCACUACCUUUUGUGC